AAAACAACUCUACUUGGACACAGAGCAGUCCAGAAGAACUUCUGAAUUCCCUGGAUUCUUUCCACGCAAGAGAAGAUGAUGUAUUUCUGGUGUCCUAUCCAAAAUCUGGCACUCACUGGAUUGCAAAAGUCAUUGAGAAUAUUCCCAAUGCUGAAAUUACUCUAACAUCUCCAAUUGAAUUGGGAGACGUUUCUAAAUUUGAAGAGCUAAAAAUGUGUUGUAAGAGAAGAGUCAUUCCAACACAUUUGAACUAUAACAUGCUACCAGUGGAUAUUAAACAAAAGCAAUGCAAGAUUAUCUACAUCGUUAGGAAUCCAAAAGACACAGCUGUUUCUCUAUUCCAUUACUACAGAGAGAACCCUAAUCUCCCUGGCGUGGAAACCUGGGCUGCGUUUUUAGAGCUGUUCCUGAAAGGAAAUGUUGUGUAUGGAUCCUGGUUUGAUCACAUUUUAAGCUGGGAAGACCACAAAAAUGAUGAAAACAUUCUAUUUAUAUUCUAUGAAGAAAUGAAAAAAGAUCUUUCUAAAAGCAUAAAGAAAAUAUCGACUUUCCUCGGUAUAAAUGUGAGUGAAAGCGAAAUCAAUCACAUUGCUUGGAAAUCAUCGUUCAAGGAAAUGAAAAAUAAUGCAGCCAAAGAAAACUGUGAUCCACACAAGACCAUCUGUGCCCUCACAUCGAAUAAGAACCUGGUAUUUAGGAAAGGAGCUGUGGGUGAUUGGAUAAACUACUUUACUUCAAAGCAGGAGAGAGUAUUUGAUGAACUGUUCACAGAGAAAAUGAAACACAGCGAACUAGCAAGACACUUUGAAGAUUAUUCUUAAUAUAAAUGGAAAAUGAAACCAAUUUCCAUUUUACGCGAUACAGCGCUUGUGGAAUACAUAAAUAUGUUUUACCAAUGUGGAAAGCAGAUAUUUCCUUCAAUGAGAAACAAACACUUUAUGAACGUGUCAAAAGUGCCAUGUGUGAGAGACUAUUAUUAUAUUUUAUAGUAGCAGAGAAUUAUUAAUAAAAGAAAGUAUAUACUUUUUGAAUAGCUAAAUUAUAUGCCUGCUUUCAGUAUAUUUAUAUUGCAAGGAGAUUACUGUUAUUCAGAGAGCAUAUUACUGUGGGUGUCCUAUAAACUGCAUUAAUGUACAACAAAAGAGGUGAGGGAUUAUCUAAAAUAACCAGUGUCUGAAAAGAAUCUAUUUCUUGGCUGUUUGGACCAUCAUGACCCCUAAACACACAUUUUUAUUUCAACACUCCCUGGUGCCCAUGUGGAAAUAUUCUCUAGUGUCAAAGCAAUGACAAACACCAUCUAUUAAAGUAAAAACACCUAAUAGGUCAAUUAGAUCAGAUGAUCACAAUCUGGUAUUUUGGUGAAAUGAAGAAUGAAAAGAUACGCCUUUUGCAUUAAAUUAACACUGGUGUGGCUUUCCAGUAUGUCC